AUGUUAUCUUCCUUAGUAAAUAAAGCAUAUAGUACAUUGUCACAUCCAUUAAAAAGAGGAUUAUACAUGUUAAAACUCAAUGAUAUAAUAAUAUCAGAAGAGACAGAUAAUCUGAAUGCCGAAUUUUUAAUGGAAAUUAUGGAAAAGAAUGAAGAAAUAGAAGAUGCUCUAAAUAAUGAAGAGCAAAUAAAAAAGCUAGUAGAAGAGAAUGAAUCAGUAUUGAAUGAAUUAAUAAUACAAGUGUCAAAUGCAUUUAGACAGAAGGAUAUCAAGAAAGCAGAAUCACUUCUUAUAAAGAUGAAAUAUUAUGAUACCAUACAUAAUAGACUAAAGAAGUUAAAACAUGAUUUAGGUAUAAUAGAAUGA